AUGAAGUUUUCCGUCCCUGUCGUCGUUGCCCUUUUCGGCGCCGCCCUUGCCGCACCCGUCGAUGUGGCUGAGCGUGCCCCCAAGGGCGAUAUCCUUUACAACAACCAGGCUGGUUGGGGAAAGCGCUCCGAGGAAGUCGAUGCCCGCGCCCCCAAGGGUGAUAUUCUCUACAACAACCAAGCUGGUUGGGGUAAGCGAUCCGAGGAGGUCGAUGCCCGCGCCCCCAAGGGUGACAUCCUUUACAACAACCAGGCCGGCUGGGGCAAGCGUGCUCCCAAGGGCGACAUCCUUUACAACAACCAGGCCGGCUGGGGCAAGCGUGCUCCCAAGGGCGACAUCCUUUACAACAACCAGGCCGGCUGGGGAAAGCGCUCCGAGGAAGUCGAUGCCCGCGCCCCCAAGGGUGAUAUUCUUUACAACAACCAGGCUGGCUGGGGCAAGCGCUCUGAAGAGGUCGAGGAGCGCGCCCCCAAGGGUGAUAUUCUCUACAACAACCAGGCUGGCUGGGGUAAGCGCUCUGAAGAGGUCGAGGAGCGCGCCCCCAAGGGCGAUAUCCUUUACAACAACCAGGCCGGCUGGGGAAAGCGCGCUCCCAAGGGCGAUAUUCUCUACAACAACCAGGCUGGCUGGGGAAAGCGCUCCGACGAGGCCGAGAACUAA